CGGGCUUUAAUGUAACCUGCUGCGUGCACAUGGCAUGCAUGAUAUGAACAACAACAUCAGCUGUUCAAAGCUAUUUUGGUUGCGAUCUGCAUCAUGAAACUUACCGAUCUAAUGCUACUGAAGUUGUAGACGGCCCUACGCCGGGAUCACACUUUUGGUCGGCAGGAAAGAUGUCUUUAGUAUGAAGCCAGGUGUUAAAACGGAUUCUCUUUAACCAAGACUCUCUCCAGAAUGGACCAGAAGGAAGAUUGGACUUUGGAAGAUCAUUUUAAGAACCUGGUAACAGAAGCACGGGAUCUAUAUUUAUCAGAUGAAGUUCCUUGCGUUGAUGGUCCGCCAACUCCCUUGGAGUUUCAUCGUGACUGGGUGUGUCCUAACAGACCAGUCAUCUUCAGGAGGUGUAUCGACCAUUGGCCAGCUCUCUCUAAAUGGACUCCUGCAUAUCUCAGAGACAAAAUAGGUGAUCAGGCAGUUACAGUAGCAGUCACUCCCAAUGGUAUGGCUGACGCAGUCUAUAAAGACAAGUUCGUCAUGCCAGAAGAGAGACAGAUGAAAUUCUCUUCCUUCCUUGACAUCUUGGAGAAGAAGGAGAACAAACAGACACAGACCGUGGUUCCACUCCAAGAGGAGGGGGUGUUCUACGUCCAGAAACAGAACUCUAAUCUCUUGUCAGAGUUCAGAGACAUUAUUGAUGAUGUCGAGACUGAGUUGGUUUGGGCUUCGACAGCUCUUGGAAAACAGCCUGAUGCCGUCAACUUUUGGAUGGGAGAAGAAAAAGCUGUCACUUCCAUGCAUAAGGAUCACUAUGAGAAUCUGUACUGUGUUAUUUCUGGACAGAAACACUUUAUUCUCCAUCCACCCACUGAUCUGCCGUACAUACCAUAUGGUACCUAUCCAGCAGCUCGCUACAAAGUAACAAACGGAGAGGACUUUGAUGUCAUGGAUGAGCCUGAUGUCGGUGAAGUCCCCUGGAUUCCCAUAGAUCCUGUUCUUCCCAACUUGGAACGGUGGCCCAAGUAUGGUAACUCCAAGCCAGUUCAUUGCACAGUCCAUGCUGGCGACGUACUCUAUCUCCCAUCACUUUGGUUCCAUCACGUCAGACAAGAACAUGCCACUAUAGCAGUGAAUUUCUGGUAUGAUAUGGAGUAUGACAUCAAAUACAACUACUUCAAGUUCCUUGAGGGCCUGGUCAAGUCCAACCAAUCAGCAUCAGUCAGGUGACAUGAGUGAGGUGACAAGAGUCAGGUGGUGUCAAUCAGGUGACAUCAUCAGUCAGGUGACAUUUUUUAAACUUCUGUUUUCUGCAUUUUCAUUUUUACUAUCUCGUUGCAUCAUCAUCACCAUCAUCAUCAUCAUUAUCAUCAUCAUCCUUUGACCUUGGACGGAAUAGAGUAGCCUGAACAUCUGACAUCACAUUUCGAGGCUGGUGAAUAGCGCCAGAGAGUUGCCUCCAGACCGGAGUUUACUUUCACCUUUGACCUACCCUCAUUUCACAUAGAGAUACGCAGCUAAAUUCUAUUGCGGACGUGACAGCAGUGACUGUUUGGGCAUCGUACAUCACUGCACGUUUAUGCUGAUAGGAUUGUAUCCAAUGGAAUCACUGGAUCUAGCGGCAGGGACCUGUCUUUAUCCUUGCUGAUAAAGACAUAGGCCCAGUCUAGGAAUAGAGCAGCUUUGAUGAAAAAGUACCAGGUUACUUUAUCCCUAAUGAGUUGUUGGGUCUCGUUUUGAUUGAGAAGAUCAGGUGCGGUAUGGGUUGAUCAGCUGUACGCAAACAGUGACCAGCAAAUCUUGUUACACCUUGGCGUAUUUAACCAUUCCUCGGCUCAAUGCUAUAAGGUUGUUAGUUGCAACUUCAUUCUCGUAGUAAUCAAAAGAUCCUUCAGUGAAAAAUGUGCAAAAGUUAAAAAAAAAACAAUAAAAUUCUACAAGUGAAAACUAUUCUUAGAAACUGAGUAUUGAUGCCACUUUUGAUCAAUAAAUUCCAUAAACCAGCAGCAGCAGCUCCAAAACAGCUCCAGAGCCAACAACUUAGAAUUGUGACCUACUUUAUUUAAACUUCCAUAUUAUCUAAAGAGUAGGAGAGCUUUUACAAACUUGCUGGUCUAUUCUAAAUUGAGAUGCGUUCAGGUGUUCUUAAAAAAAUAACUGCUUCAAGAACCCCCCCCCCAAAAAAAAAAAAAAAGAAAUAAAAUAGUACAACAAUAUUACAUCUUACAUUUAUAAAGAUAUAAAUAUAGAAAGGCCGAGUUGGUGUCAACUACAUUUUAUUUGUGCAUCAACAAAUGUUUUAGCCACAUUAACUUAUAUGAUAUCCUGUCGAAUGCAAUAAUGUUAACAAAAAGUACUGCCUCCUUUUCUCAACCAAUGUUUUAGCCACCAUUACUACGUGAUAUUUUCCUUUGUAAAUGAUAUCACUUCACAUGUUUCCUUCCCAAUCAUAUACUGUUAAUAAAAAGUACUGCCUUCUCUUUUAUAGAAAAUCUUUAGUAUACUUUAAAAUAUUUGGAGACUUAGUCCUGCCUAGAAAUAUAUAUUUACGUGUAUGGCCAACCUUAUUUAUGUUGAAUGUCGUCAUACUCAUAGUGUGUUUACCCAUUAAGUAACAGCAACAAAUCAUGAUGAGACCCUACUGGUAAGGUCAAACAGCGGGCAAUCUUGAUAGUGUUUGAAUACCCUGUGCAUAUACGUGCAUAUACGCCUCUCUAAAUACUUAUGCAUGACGUCAUAAUUCUUACCCAAAAUGAGGCUAUGGGCGCACGUUCUCCAUCACUUGCAGUGGC